UGAUGCUGCGCUCCUUAGUCCCCAUCAUCACAAAUGCAACCACCUUGACCCUUCUCUUUUAAUCACCCAAUGCUUUCUUCUAAUUCUCUGCUCAUUGUGAAGCCUGCUUUUGAUUUCUUCAGAUGAACAAAGCAACAAUAAUUGAGGAUGCCAUCACUUACAUUAAGAACCUUAAAGACAAAGUUGACAGUCUCACCCGAGAGCUUCAGGAAAUAGAAGCAACAUCGGAGACAACACUUGUAGAACCAAAGACUAACGAGACUAACAAUGGUGAAGCCAUGAAAGAAUGGGGGAUAAAGGAAGAGGUGAGAGUGACCAACAUUGAUGGAAAGAAGCUGUGGUUGAAGAUGAUCAUAGAGAAGAAGAAGGGAAGGUUCACACAGUUGAUGGAUGCCAUUCAUUCGUUUGGCAUAGAGCUCAUAGACACAAAUGUUACAACCAUGAAAGGAGCACUUUUGAUCACAGCUUCUAUACAGGGCAUGGAUGGUGAAGCACUUGUGGUUCAGCAAACCAAAGAGUUGAUGCUAGAUAUUAUCAACUCCACACACAGCUAUUGA